AUGUCCGUGGACGCACUAUUGAUGAACACGCCGCUGAUGAUGAGCGUCAUCAUCUCGGUGCUGGUCGCGUCACUCCUCCUCCCUUCCAUCCUCGCGACGUCGCGCCCCUGGGCCGAGCUAUUCUCCACACAGGACGGCAAUUGGUUCCUCUGGUCUGGUAUCGCCACCAUGGUCUCGGGAAUCGCCUUCGCGGUCGGCUCCAUCGCCCGCAUGCAUGACACAAAGCGCCCGCCGGGGCCCCGGCCGUGGCUCCGCAGCCUGUCCUCGAGAGCCGCCCUCGGCGCCCCCGGCGACCGCCUCGCCACCCUCGUCGGCUUCGUGCGCGCCUACGGCCACACCACGUCCCUCAAAGCCGGCGGGCACCCCUACACGAUUGUCGCCGAUCCCAAGGUCGCCUGCCAGCUCCUCCCGUACGGCACGCACGAGCUCGACCGCCCCCGGUGUCCCUUCCGCCACCUCGGCCCGCUCGGCGCCGCGCGCGACGACCCCAUCGCCGCGCACACGCGCGCGGGCUUGUCGGCGGCAAUGGAGCCCUCCGCGGUCGUUGCUGCCGCGCCCGCGGUCCUGGACUGCGUCCGCGACGCGGCCGAGCGGCUCGGCGCGCAGCACGCGAGCGGGCGGGACGUCGACCUCGAGGAUCACGUCCUGCGGCUCUCGUUCGACGCGAUGUCGAUUGCGUUGCUGGAUCAUGACUCGGGGGCGAGGACGGCGCCGUCGGAGGACGUGCGGGCGCUGGACGUGGUGCUGCGUGCGGGGAUGCACGCGGCGGCGCUGCCGCCGGGCGAGCGCGCGGCGGCGAUGGCGGAGGCGGAGCGGGCGGAGGCGGAUGUGUUUGCGCGGGCGGCGGCGGCGCGCAAGGGGCUGGCGGCGGCGGCGCUGGCGCCGCGGCAGGGCGGGACGAAGCAUCCGUUCCGCGCGCAGCUCGCUGCGAUGGUGCGCGGGCGCGACGGGUUCGAUCCGGCGCUGUCGGAGGCGGACGCGGCGUUCGUGGUGGGCGCGCUGGUCAGCGUGGGGGCGCGGGCGUGCGCCCGGGCCAGCCUGGCGGCGCUGCGCGCGAUCGUGCGGGACAAGAAGCUGCUGGAGCGCGUGAGCGCGGAGCUGGACGCCGCGGGCCGCGCGCGCGUGGUCGGCGGCGGAUGGGAGGGCCUGCGGCAGCUCACGCUGCUGACGACAGUGAUCGCGGAGGCCCUGCGCACGAGCCCGGUCUGGGACGAGCCGCUCGUGCGCGAGGUCGCCGGCAAGGGCGUCGAGGUCGGGCGCUGGUUCUUCCCGCAGCACUCCACGGUGUUGGUGCCCGCCGCGGCGAUCCACAACGACGGGUACUUCUGGGACGACGUGGGCGCGUUCGACCCGGCGCGGUGGGACGAGCCCGACGCGGCGCUCGUGAGGGACACUGCGCGCGCGGCGCGGCCGCUGAAGGAGGGCGCGUGGCGGACGUGGCAGGAGACGCCGGUCGACGAGCGGUCCGGCUUGAAGGUGCAGGGCACGACGCAGGAGAUGCUGGCGCCCGGGCGGCCGCGGCGGUACAUGCCGUACGGGCUGGGGCCGCGGCAGUGCCCCGCGGAGAACCUGGCGGUGGUGACGGUGACGGCGAGCGUCGCGGCGCUGCUGGUGGCGUGCGACUUCGCGUGGGAGCCCGAGCGGCUGGUCGUGGCGGGGCGGCGGUCGAGCCAUGCGGGGAAGAAGAUGUAG